ACUCGCAAUUUAGUCGCAACUCCGAUCUCUGCAACUUUCCACUUCGGGAUAUUCUCCGAUUCAUUUCUACAUUUUAUCUCAUUUCUUUUGCUCUCGACUCGUUUGCUUUUUAUUCGCGUACGAGUCUAUUUUCACAGGAUGCGAAUCCGGAGCUCUAGGAUCGAUGGACGACCCAAUAAAGCAAGGAUAUAUAGAUCGAUCAGGGUUUGGACGUGGGGAUCGUUUUCAUCAUUUACAGCCGGUAUGCGAGGACGAGUUAUGAGAGACGUAGAGGUCUCUCUAGGUGAUACGAGGACAGAGAAACAGUUUCAUCGGACGACUGGUCAUCGGACGGCGCGGUAGCGCGAACUCAGCAACUGAUAAGCAAUGCCCGCUCGUUAAUGGUCCGGCAUCACGGCUUGGCAAAAAGCCAAUGCAUGCUGUUAGAAUAAGAAUUUCGCAGUCGCGUCUAUUCUAUCUACAAUAUUUUAACGCGUUCACGCGUUUCUUAAAAAAUACAUAUAUAACAUGGUAAUACGAUAUACGAUCAUCGGACAGUGCAUUUGAAUAACUGACCUGACUAUCAAGUGCGAAGCCAAACAUGACGCCGAGUGUAUACAUAUAAGCUGCGCGACAUCUGAAUCAUCUCUGUGUCACAUCAUGUAUAUGAAUUGGAAUCAUCUCACAAUCAGCCGUCUAUCAAGGGAAUGAUAUCACAAAGUCAACCACAGUCUGUCGCUUACAACAUGCAUCAUUCGUCGCAAAGCAAUGUACGACCCUUCCAACGCCUCGACCACUUGCGGUUUUAACUGCCUUCGACGAUCCCUCCCGAGUGUCGAGUGUAACGAGAAUUAUGUAAUUAUUACGCUGUAAUUACAGCGAAAAACGACGACUGCCUGAAUGCUUUGAGUAUCUUGACGAAAGUAGAGCCCGAAAAAGGGGUCAACUCCACGAUUCCUGCCAAGAUUCCUCCACGAGGGUCGAAAUCUCGAAUAUCGAUGACCGCAAGGUGCAGUGACGCGCGGUGAUGGAUGCAUCAGCAGGACCAAAGCACUGGCAUUUACCACAGUCGUUUGAAGGCCGAAAGAAAUCCAAGAGGGGGGAUGUCCAGGCUACAGCCUUGACUGCCGCUGAAAGGAGAAGAGAGAAGUCGCGAGGGAGAGAGCGAGAGACUAGAAGAUGAAGGAAAAGAAGAAGACCACGCGAAGAUUAGAUCCCUAGAAAUGAGUAUAGGUGGGAUUGGAUUUGGCAGAGACGCGCGGCUCGUUGGCCGAUAGAUGCCGAUGAUGCGAAGGAAUAGGACAAGAAGAAGGGGCUAGAGGGUGGAGUUUGAGUUGGUGUCCGAACGACAGAGAGGCCGCAGAAGGGAAACCCCCGGAGUAGGGUACAGGAUGAGUAUAUAUAGAGAGAGGCUGCACAGGGUAGAGCAAGAUGGGGUGAGCGGAGAAGAGAAGAGAGGACCAGAGAGAAGUGACAGAACGGUGGUGGGUAUCGGUAUAGGUGAACUGCUUGACAACACACCGAACCACCCGAACUGCACUCGGCGGUAUUUAAGGGAGAGCCGCGAGCGAAGCGCGCCAGUUGUUAACACGGCCGGUUGGUGGUUGGUUUCCGCGGAUUGGCACUCGCCGGACCGUCGAGUCGCGUGGCGUUAAGAGAGUGAAGAAGUAUGCGGGCAUAGAGAUAAAUGGAAAUUCAAUAGAUGAUCUCGAUGUGAAUAAAUCAAAGCUCGAUCAAAUCGACAAAAAAUUUUUGUUUUCCAAAAUUAUUUAACGAGGUAAAUUGGAAAUAGCCACGUGAUCGUUUAUUCAAUUCGGUACAAUUAUAUAUAUUUUCUUCUUUCGUGAUAAAAUAUACGUGCAAGUGCAAAAAGUCGAGUGAAUAUAUGGGGGAUUACGCAUAGUUUUUCUCCAAAUCGCCGCGACGUUAUGUGAGGAUACACAUAUGGCAUUACUUGCAUUCUUCGAACUUGAAGAUCGAGAGAAUUCGGUAUCUUUGAAUCUUGGAUGGUACAGAUGAGUGUUUCAAAGAGGUACCCGAUGCUGCUGCUGUUGGCUUUGGGAUUGAUUUUCAAGCAAUCGUCCGUCGGAGCUUACCUAUCACGAGAAGGUACAUAUUUUGCACGAUCAAAUGUUUCGUCCGAAUUCACCGGGACGUCUUCCAGUCGCAGCAUCUCGGCCAUCAGGAUCUCGUCCGAUAAGCGAGUGGAGCGGAUUAUUUGGUGGUCCGGAGCUUGCGCCAAGGAGACCGUCGUCAAUUGGGGGAACAUGGACGUGAUGUUGCGAGAGGUUUGGCUACGGAAGUCGAGCAGAAAGCUGCAAUUGAUAUAUGCCGGCGAAACUUUGACCGACUGCAUUGACGAGAAGCUCACACCGUGGGAUGACAGCGAGUGUUUGGCCGGCUCUCGCCGCGUCUAUCACUAUCACGAUGACGGUGACGAGGUGUCGAUCGAGGUGUUCCGACUGGACGGCGAGGACGCUUCGAGGAUACCCCACAAUCUCUCUUGGCUGCUGUCGUCAUCGGAGCUUCAUUAUCAGUGCGAGCGCGUGAGAAUGCGAGUACGAGGCCAAGUCGCGGCCCAAACUCGACAUAGGAAAUACGCGAGUUCGGCAAACCUGACGACAAAUACCGGGAAAAAACGGGGCCGAAAUCGGAGCCGAAGGGAGCUAUUCAUGAUACCAGGAACGCAAUGGUGCGGUCGCGGUGACCGCGCUACCAAAUAUACGAAUUUGGGCGGCUUCGGGGUGGCCGACGCGUGUUGUCGCAAGCACGACACGUCCUGUCCCUUUCAUAUACCGGCAUUCGAGACGCGUUACGGUGUUUUCAACUGGAGAAUAUCGAGCAUGAUGCACUGCGUUUGCGACGAGCGAUUUCGCACGUGUUUAAAAAUGGCCGGGACUGCGUCGGCGGACUUUAUAGGAAGAAUCUUCUUCGAUGUGCUGCAAUCAAAGUGCUUUAUUUUGAAACCGCAAAAAGUGUGCGUGAAACGGUCUUGGUGGGGCAAGUGUCAACAUCACGCAUAUCGAAAACAAGCUCAUGUACGGGAUAAUGUUCCUUGGCUAGGCUAAUUAAAAGGCUGUAUAACGUAAGAAAGAUCGCGAGAGAGGGAGAGAGAGACGUAAAGAGAUAAUGAAAUAUUCUUCUUCCGGAGAUGUCAAUAGCAAUUCUCAGGGAUGUAAUAUUUUGUCGAAUAUUUAUAAUAUAUAUCACGGAAAAAGACAAAAGAAAAAAAUUGAAUCGAUUAUUAAAUCGAGAUAUAUCGCCAAAGAUACGACAAUAUAUCGUAAUAUCUUUAUAAUACGGAGAAUCGUUAUUAUAUAUUAACAUAUAUUAAAAGUCUGCCGAUAAUCAUCCGUCAGACAUCUUCAAUUAAGAUGUUUAGAGAAUAUAUUCACGUGAAAUACACAUAAACAUAUCUUUUUCAAUUUAAGUUAUAAUAAGUUAUAUAUAAGAAAAUGUUUUCUCAACAAAAUCGUUUGCUAUAGUUUUCUGGCAAAUUUUUUUAUAAUAUAAUAACAAAAACAAAAAUAUUGUAUUUCAUAACAAAAUUUAAAUUAACUUUUUCAUUUCUACCAUUUAAUUGCAAAAUGUAGAUAUCGGCAGCUCUUGUAUAAUGUACAAUUAAAUCUGUAGAUAGAAUUUAUUAACUUUAAAUAUCACUAGCAUACUAUUAGCAAACUAAUUAGAAUUGUGAUUCUAAAUUUUUGUUCGUUAAAAUAUUUGAAACUUUUAAAUAGUAUUCCAAAGAUGUAAAAAUACAAAAAUUAAAAAAAGAUGAUAAGAUGCGUAAACCAUAUAA